CGCAGAGCGGUGGAGGGUACUGUCGGCGCAUCUCCGGUCACGUUCACGUCACCGUAGCAGCGUCAACCGAGGGCUUCGUCGCCGCCGGCGCUGCCUGACCCUGCCGCUCCGAAGCUCGCGGGGGACCGGCGUGGGCUCCGCGAGCGCCAUCGCGCGAUUGCGAAGUAGGAGAAGAGGACGACCACAACUGGGCCCAAGAUGCCGACGACCAGGUUUCAGUUAGGAUGGUACCGGUGGUUACCAUUCCUCGGGUAUCACCACGUGUUGAUGAUCUUGAUAGCGGUGGCGAUAAUAUUGUUAUCGCUGCUUCUCGCCGGGUGCUCAUCCUCGUCACCUUUGAUCCCCGACAUCUUCCUCCUGUCCCUCUACUACCAGCGCUACACGGCCGUGCCCGACACGGCACAGACCGACUACAACGUCAACAAUGCCAUCGCCAACAUCGUCGGCGGCGCCCGCCUCCAGGCCCGCGUCGGCUACUUCGGCAUCUGCGUGAGCCCCGACGGAGGCUCUUGGCUGUGCAGCAACAACGCCACGACCCUCGCGAACGAGGUGACGGUGGACCAGGACCCUCUCAACCUCAUCUGGCUGGCCAGCCAGUUCAAAGACAUGAUCGUCUUCCCCUACCUACUCAUCAUCGCCAUCAUCUUCGCCUUCAUCUGCCUGCUCCUGCUGGCCACGUUUCCGGGCUGGCACGAGGAGGAGGACAGCGAGGGGUCCGAGCGGGAGGUGAAGCCGUUCCCCUCGCGGCCGGUCAGCCAGGUGGCGCUGGCCAUCAUCUUCAUCGCGUCCAUCUUCGUGCUGGUGUCGGUGCUCUGGCAGCACACGGCGUCGGUCGCGGCCAGCAUCAUCGCGCAGGACCUCGCCAACGGCAGCGUGCUCUCGGGCGUCGGCACCAGCGCCAUGGUCAUGGGCUGGUUCAGCUUCACCCUGCUCAUCAUCGUCACCAUCGGCCUGCUCGUCAUGAUCCUCAGCAUGGAGGUGCUGGAGCAUAUCAUGGAUUGAUGAUCCGCAACAAUUGGGGUGGGGCGACCGAGGUUUCAGGGGCGGGGGUGGAGAGAGAGGGCGAGAACGAGAACGAGAGACUGGCUCGGAUUACGGCCAACGCUGACGCGACGCGACGCUGCUACGCACGUAUGGGACGGGACAUGAAUUGGGAUGAAGUCGAUUCACGAUGGGGCGGGGUCUAUGAUGCAUGGGACAUACGACUUCGAGGGUCGGCAACGGGUCCCGACCACCAUGACAGGGACGCAAAACCGAACCGAAGAGGCGUCGGAACUGUUGGGGGUGUGCCUCGGCCACCGCGUCUCCGCUGGUUUCGCGAUCCCGGCGACUUGCACGAUAUAUUUUGGCGAGGGAAUCUGUUGAUUACGAGGCGGCUCUGUUAUGUUUGUGUGCUUUUCGCUCCAUGUGUGCAUAUGACGGGAAGAAGACGAAGACACGCAGCCUCUGGGAUUGGGGAGAUCUGGCGGCGGCGAUGGUGGAUGGGUAAGGUAUUUAUUUCUCGCGAUGCAUACUUGAGGAGACAGCGUAUUGCGUGUUUAUUGUAUGGACGGUCGAUCUCGUCGUCGUUGUCGUCGUUGUGUGGGUAUAUAGCGGCGAAGCCAGCAUAAAUGGAUUUGGAGUUUGGGGUUGGGCCAGAGCAGAUAAUAUCGUCCUUCAAUUCAAGGCCUAGGUCCUCGCCCAUGUCUGUUGAUGGAUCCCA